GUUAGUAUUCCGUUGACGUGGCCUGAGCGGUAGCUGUGGCAAAUUAUCUUUAGCUAGCAGGUAGGUAGCUCUCUAACCCUGAGGCUGGUGAGACCGAAGAUAAUCCCUUGGAAGUAUGGAUAUUAUUCAGGCGAACUGAUCAAUCGGUUUUCAUCCUAUCAGGUAAAGGUAGUUUUCAACGACUGUCUCUAAUAAUAUCAUUUAUCAGUCGUAAACACAGGGUGAUCACUUACGUUUACAUUUCAAACGACACUAGCCUGGUAACAUAGGUGGUUAGCAUUAGCAUUAGCCUGUCAAUAAUGUGAAUUACUCUGCUAGAAUUAAAGCUUCAUGUUUAUUAACAGUCUGAUUAAAAGGAUUAGAUGUUACCGCAAGUUGUGCCACUUCACAUGAUCCUAAAAUGAUAACAAAGAACACAAUUAUGUUUGUGUUUAACACCUCGGAUUGGUCGCUACUCAGUUUAUAUAAUGUCAUCUCGUCGAUUCGACAACUAAUCUCUGCUUUUACAUUAAAUAUUAACUUGUUGUGAUAUCGCUGAUAGGAGAAUUGAUCAGUAAUAUGAAGUUAUCGGACAGGGUAUCCCUAGAUGAUGAGCAGUAAUGGGUAAUGAAGCAGAUAUGUUACAUAAACAGAGGACCUUGACAUGUUGCAAACUGAACCCUGCGCCUGUAGAGACCCUAUCUUAUCUAUCUUAUCUGUCUCUGGAAACAGAAAUGGACUUCAGUUUUCAUUUUCAGAUUGCUGAACAUAUUGAUAAAGUCAUAAAUACCUUUAAGGUGCAGGUUUUAGAAAGAGCCUAGCAUGACUACUACACUGUGUAGUACAAUGUGAUAAUGUUUGGAAAAGCCCUCCAAUCUUUACAGUCUUUAGUGUCUGUAUAUGUAAAAUAGGAAGUGCCUUAAACACCAUCUUCUGUAACAGUACAUGGAAAGAGUUAAUGUAGACAUCUAUUGUAAUCUCUUGGCCUCACAUUCACCUGCGUGUCUAAAUUCCAGUUGUAUAAGACUGUGUGUUUGCAUCCAGAUCAAUCAGAUUAGUCGCUCAAACUUGUUUUCUCUCCAAUACAGUUAAGGAAAAAAUGUCCAGUAGAAGCCAGCACUAUGGGUUCCAGUCAGCCACCAUGGUGCAGCCCGCCAACGGCGGUCAUGCCUAUCUCUUCGGAAACAAUGCCUCAGAGAACGACCUGUCAGAAGAGGACGGGGAGAGUUAUGAGCUGCGUUCACGUGGCAGAGAGAGGCUGCGGAGGAGCACCUCCAGAGAGAGGAUGGAGGAUAUUAUCUACCUGACCAGAGACAUACAGGAGGGGGACACCCUGAACAGCAUCGCCCUGCAGUACCAUUGCUCAGUGAGUCAGCGUAGAUCUCUGUGUGGCCUAAGACCUCUUCUUGAGGUGUAGCCACUCAACUAUCCUUCAUUUGCAUGUCUGAGUAGACUUACAGUAUACACAUCCUCAUUGCUGGGCUCCUAAACUGCUAGAGCUGCAUCUAACAAUCGUUGUUCUUACUGUAACCUGAAUUAUUAAGCCUGUCUGUCUUUGCAUUUAUGGAAAUGGCCUGUCAGAUAGUAGUAACCAAGUCACAUUGGUGUCUCUUUAUCACAGAAACAGUCAAACCAGGUGUAAGAAGAUCUGUCAGUUGCAUUGACUUCGUCUAAAUUGACGAUUGAUAUCCUCUGAAAUUACGAGUGUUCUUGCCAAAACCUCAACACUGUAUUUUGAUAUUUAAAUAGAAUAUGUUAAAAUACAGUUGAGAAAUAAAUCUAAUUAUAAAUCUUUGAAGUAUUCAUAAAUGAGUGUGCUGCAUACUUUACAUUACCAGUAUCAAUUUUCCAAUACAUUUAACACCAUGACCUUUAUAAUAAAGGCUUAUAUAACAACAUACCUCCCUUUGGUAAGAAUAAAGGAGAAGCAUAUUAAUGUAUUAUUCUGUAUAUACUAUAAUAGCAGUCAACUGCUAUAAUUUUUUAACAGCCAGCAGGUAAACUAUGACGCAAAUUAUCUUGGCCAGAAAUGCAUCUUUUUUUAAAUUUUUAAUUGAUUUAAUUUUAAUCCAUUUUAAGCUGUUGUCUGCUUUUGUCUUCACUAGUCUCUUAGCAAGGCCAACUGUUUUCAGUGUAAACACAAAGCGUGUUUAUUCAGGGAGCUGUACUUUUAUUUCAUCAGGAUAAUAAUUUCAUGCAGUACAGCAAAAUUUUUUUGUUUGUUGAGGGCGUACUGUAGUUUUACAUCCUUGUACGAAAAAAGCUGACACGCUGCGAUUCUAGUUUAAUGACUGCAUAAAAGCCCAUUACAGUGAAAGGAGUGAAAUAAUAAAUUAGAAAUUAUGCGUCUGUAAUCAGUCUGGUGAAAUUAUCUGUUUCUUUCUGCAUUUUUAGGUGGCUGACAUCAAGCGAGCCAACAACCUCUUGACAGAGCAGGACUUUUUCGCCCUGAGGUCAGUGAAGAUUCCCGUGAGACGCUUUAGUGUCCUCACUGAGACUCACAGCACCGGACCUCUCAAGUCUGCCUCCCCUACAGCUGCCAGGCGCCCUCCCCAGAUCACCCCUGUUACCUCCCUCCCCACAGAGUCCUCCACAGACUCUUCCUCCUCCACUGACAGUGUCGAGGGCUUCCUCUUGGAGAAGGAUAAGGACAUCGAGCGGCUAGUGAAAUCCACAAGUCCGGCUCGGACCAGCCUGAACGAAGUCGUGUCCUCUUUGACGCUGCAGCAACAGCAGCCACUGCUAGGAGAAGUGGAGUAUAAACCAGUGCAGAGGAAGGACCCUUAUUAUGGGGCGGACUGGGGCAUGAGAUGGUGGACGGCUGUGGCCAUCAUGCUGGUUGUUGGCAUCAUCACCCCUGUGUUUUAUCUGCUGUAUUAUGAGGUUCUCAUGAAAACUGAUGUCGGCCAUCACAGCAUUCCUACACAAGCAGCAGGGAACAUUCCUCAUAACAAAAUAAUGGACCCAAAUGUUGGAGAAGCUAAUCACGCAGGAGCUGGACCAGGACACAAUGUCGGACAAGGGCUUAAUGGGGAUACGCAGGGUGGACAUAAUGUGGACAAAGCAGGGGACAGUCAACAUGGGGAACAUGAGAAAACAUAACAGAUCUGUUUUUUUAACUCAAUACAUCAAUGCAACCAGUCUGCCUGGGACAGUCACUUUAUAGAGAGCGGUUAUUUUUAUUGUUGAGAACCUAGAAAUAGAAGUCUGUAGACGGUCAUUUCUGGUGUCUGUCUACCUUCAUUUGUAUGCAUUACAACAAGGAGUAUAAACUCAGUGAAAAUGUCAAAUGUUAUGCCUGGCUGAACUUUUUCCAAAUGACGGACUAACUGCAGAUAUUUUUAAAUCUUUGCUGCUGUAUUUCCUUCAGUCUACAGACAGACUGUGUCCAUUAGCUCAAAACAAAGCCAGGACAGACAGCAGCUGAUUCAUGUUUUUCUACUCUGAGAUGAAUCAGCGACUGCACUGUUUCAAAUCCUGCAUUGGAAAUCAAAUGUAGAUUUGAUUUUAACGCUAAUUCCAAGCAGUUUGGUCCAACUGUAUUCUUUUGCCAUACUAGAAAAUAUGUUUUUUUGUUUUCCAGCUCAAUAGGUUGGAAAAAUAUAACUGCUGCCAUUGUGUUUAAUAUAGAAUUAAUUUAUUUUAAGACUUUUGAGCAUUAGCCUUUACUUCAACUAUCAGUAUUGGGAGAUUCCAGGUAAUUGUGUUUCCUAAUUUCCAUGACAUUUGCUUGAAUUCUUUGUUCUUUUCUUUAGCUUGCCUGAAGAGAACUGCAAUUUUAUUCUCCAUUCAAAGAACCUCAUAGAGCAUGGUGAGGAAAAUGGGAAAUGCACAGUGUUCCCACAAUGACUCAUACGUGUAAUUUAGUGAAAUUUUGGACUUUGUUGUAUAGCCCUUUUAUUUGACCACUUUGUCCACGUAAUACUUUAUGAAAUUUCAUAAGUGUUGUUGACAGUAUGUGCCUUUCAACCUGUGGAAACACAGCCACAGGCUGGAAAAUAAAUACAUCUAUUUUGAAUAAAUUAUUGCCAGUAUGCACAUA